CGUUAUACAGUCCCACAAGGGAGCACGAAGCAUGUAACGCAUCAGAGUAACACUAGUAACGGUUUUCCCCGUUUUUUUGGUAUGCCCGCACAAUUCCGUGCACUGCUAGUUUGCAUGACUUGUUGGCAUCCUGGUUCCACCCUGCCACCAUUCCUUUCCUCUUUAUCGUCUCCUUAGAACAUUCUAAAAUCAUUUGUGUGAGUGAGUAACGCGCACGCGUUUCCAACGUGGUCGCGUUCGCUUGCUCUUUCGCGAAAGACACGUUUCUCUGCGAUCGGUUUUACACUUCCCCUGCAAUUCUUAAAGGAGAGCACAACAAACCAAAACACGUUACGGAAGCAAGUAGUGUGCAAGUAUUUGUUUAUACACAUUUUUUUGUUGUUGCUGUUUCCUAUCUUGCCCUGCCAAUGCGUACGCGCCGGGGAUCGAACACGCGACCAAUGGUAGGCUCCCCGCAAGAUUUGGAGAGACGAGCCGAGACCGUUCUGCGCUAGUCGUGAGAUCCCCAACAGAGAGUGCGCUCUUUCAGUUGAGAUCACAACCGGGAACCAAGCGGUGCGUUCGUGGCCUCAUCCGCUGUUUGACCGUCCAAAUCUUCCUCGAGCUGUCAAAAAAGCUUGUGUUUGCGAAGAAACAAAACCUUCAAAAAACCAUUACACACCCCGCUGGAUCGUUUCAAGUUGUUUGCUGUACACCAGCAAUGGGUAUUUGCGUUGAGUCAUUUCGCGGCGGUCACAACGCAUCUUCUAUUUACCAUCGGUGAGAAUCUUGGAGAACUAAUUCAUCUAACAAUACGUGCGUCUUUGGAACCGCAACUCCCAACUCAGUAUUCGUUCUCCAGUGUGCCUUCCGAGUGAAUCACAGCAGCAGCAGCAGCACCACAACGUGAUUAGCAAACAAGGGGGGGUUGGGGCUCACCCGGUUUGACCCUGUUGGGUCGAUGCUAACCAACACACAAUCAGGUUUAUUGUGUCGACAAACGAAAAAUGGUUAGCGAGUGUUCUAGUGGCCAGUACGCAGUGAAUGAUUUUUCACACGAUUGCAGUUUAGAUGGAGUAGUGAAGAAGUUGUGUCGUCCGAAUUGGUGAGCAGCAGCAGAUGCACAAUGAUUCGACGUUUGUGAGAAGCGAGGCCCACUCAGUACCACCUACAUGUUCAAAGAUGUUUAAGCCAGACCGCCUUGUAGGUGAAUGGAAAAAACCCACCUAAUCGAAUGUUCCGUUGACCAAAAUUUAACCUCGACCACCCAAUAAUAUGAGCUUACCGUUUACAAAACAUAAUAAUUCAUUGAAAAAGAAGGUGGCGAAGUGUAUAGAAUGUAAGCCCGAUUCGAGCCCUUUUUUCAUCGAGGAAGUCGCACCCCUCAAUUAGUUUAAGGCCCGUUUCGCGUUGAUGUGACGAGAGCGAGAGCAAAGUGUUUCGUGAGUGCGUGAGUGAUUCUUGCGUGACAACACCACGCGGUAUCGUGUGUCUUUAUCGUUAGGGAACCGUUAAGGAUACGGGGGACCCGUUCGUCAGCGGAAAGGACAUCCGUAUAUGUGGAGGCCGUGAACAAAUCUGUUACAGCAGUGCAACUGGCGUGGUAGUUGUGAGUGAAAUAUUGCUUUUAUCUAAACACAAAGUUGAAGAUGUAGAAUAGAGCCUGGGCAUCCGAAACAGACAAAACGCUAAUCAGCUUAAGUGGGAAUAAAUGUAUUCUUCACCGGCUUCUUUCGUGUUGUUGCUCUCGACAAUAACUCAAAGCAAAAAAGCUCCUUCGGCAAACAACUCCCAUUCGAACGCCAUCAUUAGUUGACAACUUCAAUCAAUUUGCAGCACGAAGGAUACAACAUCCAAGAAUGGCAAACGAAAGAUAAAAAAGCGAAACAAGCGGAACAGGCAACAAAACACAACAAUUCGCCUACGGAAGUCGAACAAAACACUUCCGCAUUGUCUCUCACAGCCGUGGAAAAACUUCGCUCAAAAGUCGCCCCAACGAACGAAUGAAACAAACAAAAAACCCAUGGGCAGAAUUUGAAAUCAUCAAAAAAGGAAAAACAGCGAACGUGCAACACCUUUUUUGUGCCGAGGAAAGGGACUAACAACCAUCAUCGAACAUCACCACCAGCACCAGCAGCACGGUUUUGGGACACAUUUCCUGUGUGUUGAGAAGUUGCAAAGAAAAAUGUGUCUCACCAUUACGAAUCCUUCUUCACCUGCUGUACGCUGGCCCAUGCUUCUUGGCCGUUCUUCAGUGGUGCUUCCGCUCGGUGUGGCUCGUCGCUCGCGGACCGUGCAACAGUGCCACCCGAACCAGUCACUUUGCAGUUAGUGUUCGCGAUGGUGUGUGAGCUCAUCGAUUCCUUCCUCUAGGCCUUUUCUUCCACCCGUUUUUAACACGUUCCUUAACACACUCUUGUUGAAGGGCGUGAAGCGCAAACAAAAAAGAACUCCUUCGCUCACUUAAGCUUUCGGGGGGUUGAGUUAUUUCGAUCCCUGGUGGCUCGUUUUUUCCCCCGCUCUUCCGGGUUUUCUACCAUUUUCCCGAAAAAACAAAGCUCUAGCAAACGAAAACGAUGCGUGCAAAAUGAAGUGUGUCCGCGCUUGGGACAGCGCGAAAUGUAGGUGAAUGUCGUAAAAACGGACUCGAAGACGGUCGAAGAGCUGAUAAAUGCCACACAACAAGAACAACCCCCGUUUAGCAGCUGCGAACAGUGUGUCCGUGUGUAUAUGUGUAUUUACCAGACAAAAAAAAAGGUACGAAAUAACCCUUAAGUGACUGCGGGACCGAAUCUCUAAUGCGCGUAGAUCAAUGCAAACAGCGCCCAAUAUCCUAGAAAGCACGCGAUCUUCAGACACGUGGAACAGCUGAAACCACACGUGUGUUACAACGAAGAAGCACGGGAAGAAAAACAACUCAUCGAAAGGAUAAAAACACUCGCCAAAACAUCUGUUCUUGGCUCGUUUAUCAGCUACAUAAAAGGAAAGACGAGUGCGGCUUAACGUCAUCGUCGUCAGUAGAUACAAGCAGUAAUGGCGGCAACAGCAUGUUCCACAUCGGUUACUCCUGGAGCAGGAAGUAGCAGCCUCGGUGGUGGAGGAGGAGUGGGAGGUAUGAGCAUCAGCACCGGAGGAGGAAUUGGUGGCAGUGGAGGUGGCAGUAGUAGCAGCGGAAGCAAACGUUCUCGACUGAAUUUAGAAUCCAAAUGCUCCUCGUUGCGGAAACACCUGAGUAAGUCGGCAUCGGAGCUGAGCUGUAACGACUGUGGCGGUUCCGGCGAUUCUCCGCAGUCCUCGCCACAGCGGGCCCGUUCGGCAAAUGUUCCCACCAUACCGGCCGGAGUUAUACAACGAACGCACGGAUUUUUUAACACACUAAGGCACCGAUGGUCACGAGGACGCAGUAAGGAGCGACUACGAGGGUCGCUGGGCCAGGAGCUUGAAGGUCGCCGUGACAGCCAAAGUGACUACGCAGCGGACAAUAGUUCAGCCGAACAUAGCAGCUCGGCAACACCUCAUCAAUCGCCUCGUCAUCGAGCCCAAACAGUCGGCGACUCUCCACUGGCCAAAGGAGCAGAUAGGAAUGCAGCGAUGAGUGGCACCGGAGGGGUGGGGUCGAUCAGUGAGGGAGUGUCUUCGUCCGGUGUAGCUAGCGUACUCAAGGUGCUCACAACGAAGGUAGACAUCGAAACGACGGCAGGACCAAGCGGGCUGGGACUCUUGACAAUCGGAGGACUGCCCAAGGUUUCAGAAAUUCCAGGACCUAGUGGGACAUCUGGUUUGAGUCCCGCCGAUGAACAGCAGCGAAGGCGAGAGACACAGCUAAGACAACACUCCUUCUUCCAGCUUCGAGUUCAUCUGAUCAGUGGCCAUGGACUGGUGGCAAUGGAUAAGAGUGGUACGAGUGAUCCUUACGUCAAGUUUAAAGUUGGAGGACGUUUGCUGUACAAAUCGAAGACAGUACAUAAAGACCUAAACCCUACGUGGGACGAAACGUUCGUUGUGCCAGUGGAAGAUCCCUUUCAACCAAUAGUUAUUAAGGUGUUCGACUACGACUGGGGCCUUCAGGAUGACUUCAUGGGUUCGGCCAAGCUGCAUCUUACCUCGCUGGAGCUUAGCCGAGCAGAAGACCUCACGAUCAAGCUCGAAGAUGCCCAGCGAGCAUCGAAAGACCUCGGAGAGUUAAAACUGAGCGUCACACUAUGGCCAAAAACCCAAGAGGACAAAGAGCAAUACUUUCAGCGCAAUCCGAAGCUCGCCGAUGCAUCCCGCCGUCUCAAGUCGCAGAUCUGGAGCUCCGUCGUCACGAUCGUGCUGAUCGAAGCCAAAGGACUCCCGCCGGAUGCUGAAAAUGGCCUCAACGACAUCUAUGUCCGAUUUAGGCUAGGGAACGAGAAAUACAAGUCUAAAAUCGCUUACCGCGCACGUUGGUUGGAGCAAUUCGAUCUGCACCUGUUCGACGAUGAUCAACUGCUGGAACUGAUCGUAUGCGGGAAGUACAACACCUACGGCAAAUGUACGAUCGAUUUGCGAAGUUUACCACGCGAGCGGACUCACGGAAUUUGGCAACCGCUGGAAGAGUGUACGGGUGAGGUUCAUCUCAUGCUGACAAUCAGUGGGACGACGGCGUCGGAAACCAUUACCGAUCUAACGGCCUACAAAGAGGAUUCCAAGGAGCGUGCACUCGUUCAAAGCCGAUAUAUAUGGCACAAAUCGCUUCAAAACAUGCGUGACGUUGGUCAUCUCACGGUGAAGGUGUUCGGUGCAACCGGUCUGGCGGCAGCGGACAUCGGCGGUAAAUCAGACCCGUUCGUCGUACUGGAGCUAAUCAAUGCUCGGCUUCAGACGCAAACCGAGUACAAAACGCUCACGCCGAAUUGGAACAAAAUCUUCACCUUCAACGUGAAAGACAUGUCAUCGGUACUGGAAAUUACCGUGUAUGAUGAGGAUCGUGACCACAAGGUGGAGUUUCUUGGAAAAGUCGUCAUUCCGCUGCUGCGGAUACGCAACGGUGAAAAACGUUGGUACGCGCUCAAAGACAAAAAGAUGUACACCCGCGCCAAAGGCACCCAACCGCAGAUUUUGCUGGAAAUGACGGUCAUGUGGAACAAACUGCGAGCGGCACUGCGAGUGCUCGAGCCGAAGGAGGAAAAGCUGGUACAGCAGGAAGCCAAGUUCAAGCGGCAGCUCUUCCUGCGCAACGUCACCCGACUGAAGGCCGUCAUUAUGUACUUCAUCGAAGUGGGACAGUUCGUGCAGAGCUGUUUUGAGUGGGAAUCUCCAAUACGGUCGUUUAUAGCGCUGGUUUUAUGGGUUUGUGGUUGCAUCUGGUUCGAUAUCUCCACCAUACCGGCCGUCGCACUGCUAUAUUUGCUGAAGAACUGGUUAAUUCGAUGGCUUACAGGAAGCUCGUCCCAAUCGACGGCGGACGAGUAUGACGUGGCGAGCGACGAUGAAGACGAGGAGGACAAGGAAAAGGAGGAAAAGAAAACAAUCAAGGAACGGCUGCAGGCCAUACAGGAAGUGUCACAGAGUGUACAGAAUACGAUCGGAUUCCUGGCAUCGUUGGGAGAAAGUGUUAAAAACACAUUCAACUUCUCCGUGCCUGAGCUCAGUUGGUUGACGGCUCUGUUGCUACUAGCUGCCUGUCUCGUUCUGCACUACGUCCCUAUAAGGGUGCUGCUACUCCUGUGGGGUUUGGUGAAGUUCAGCCGAAGGAUUAUUCGACCACACAGUGUUCCCAACAACGAGGUGCUAGACCUUCUCUCUCGCGUUCCCGACGAUGAGGAGAUUAUCAUGUGGCGAGAAUUACCGUUGCAUUCGACGCCCGAACUUGCCCGGCGGGAUCCGCGAAAGAAGCAUAAAGUGUCGUAAUGUUACCAAACUACCCUGAAGCGCUACUUUAGGGAUAAUCUCAAAAAGGCCCUGCACGUUAGCAAGGUCAAACCGAACGCAAAGGAUGUAUAAAAGGCAGACAAAACGCGAUUGGAUCGUCAUCGUUUUCAUGUGCCGCUCAUUACUUGUUACGGCUAACGAAGCAGUUGCACCAAAUACUUCCAUUUCCAUUUGCUAGCAUAAAAAAGUAACAUUUGAUCAAAGAAACUUAUCAACCAUACGCUAACUUACCGAAACCUCUGCGAUCGUAGCCACUAGGUUAGGACAUUCAUUCCAUAUUGUCUCUCAAGUUUCUCUCUUUCUCUCUUACUAUCUCGCUCUCUCAUAGCUAGGAAGUUUUUAAAUCCCGCUCUUAAAUAGUUAACUUGCAAGCUUUUAUAUUUUCUUCCAGUGAGGACAGCUAGCAUACACAACGGUAGCGAUAAAGAUAUCAACAUACAACCAACAAAGAAAACGAUGCAAUCGAUGACAUUAAGAAUAAUUAAGAAGAGAGAAGCACAUAUACAAGAAGAUAAACUUGGAAAAUAAAAACAAGAGGAAACACAACUAAAACUGGCUUGAAUAGAAUCUACUAGGUUCUAGCAGGAUCAAACAGUUAGGCAUCUUUUGUCUUAAUCAAAACUAGGAACUAUAGCGAUCGAACAUAAACUUGACAUUGCUUCCAAGCGAAAAAAACAAACAAACAAAAAACCUACAUAGUAUAGCUUCAAACACUAAUGCAUUGUGGUUCUUGAUUUAGCGUAGACUUCAAAACGUUCGAAUUUUCCUCUUUCGAUCACAUCACAUUUCACUGUUCAUCGGCCAAAUCGAUGGGAAGCAUUUUCCUCGAUCAAUUCCGUCCAACGUAGAAAGAAUCAAGGAAAACUAAUAAGCUGUGCGAAGUUUCAUCUACCUAAUUAGAUCAACAACGAGUACUUGUUCAUUAUUACGUUCAGUUCAGUAUGCAGAUCAAUUUGGAAGGGGGCGAAACAAAUGGAAAUAAAUGAGCUAGGUUUAAGGAAAGGUGACAAAGAAUGUAACAAAAGUGAUGAUAGCUAGGCAAUGAGCUUCGAUGAGUUUCGUUCUAGAUGCGGCUGCAGUUAUUAGCUAUGCAAUUUUUAUUACUCAGAAAUGAAAAAUGACAGACGGAACGAUCGUGGAAUUGUUCAGAUUGAAUCGCUUUUCCGUUACUGAAGGACACGUUGCUUAAUGUAGAGGUAGUUCAGCAGUUACUACCACAUCGUCAUAUUGCAGAUAUUGGCAGUAUCCAGUAUAUGUAAAUUGAAGAAAAAAGCAGCUUAACAUCUAGCAGGGUAUGAUAUAUUUUUUUCACAAUUUAAGCUAUCGCUAAUCAUCGCAAUCAGGCUGCACUAAGAGCAACAAAUUAGUGGACACACUUUUAAAGAACACUUAUUGCACACACACACACACUCUCAUCAAUUAACAAUCUUAGUGCAAUUAAACCACACGAUCAAAUCGGUUUUUAUGCAUGUUUUUCGCUUUCUAAAUGUGUCGUCUUAAUGCGCCAUAAGUAAAAUGCACUGGUGAUAAGGAAAAAAA